AUGAAAAACGGAAUGGCGGCUCGACAGCUCCUCCAACUGCCGAAACCCACAGCACUGCCUCCGAUGCCCACCAUCCCAUCUACUCUGCCGCAACCAACACUGCCACCACUCCCCAGCGCCGCCGGCGCCAUUCCCACCAUCCCAUCUCUGCCAACCCUGCAACCACUCCCCAGCGCGAUUCCGACCAUGCCCACCAUUCCUUCCAUGCCAAAGGUUUCUCUGCCGCCGUUGCCCAGCGGGUUUCCAACCAUGCCUUCCAUCCCCGGCCUUACCCCGGCGGGACCUGGAAACUGA